AUGAUUGUGAUGCUGAUGGUCGUGGUAUUAGUUAUAAUGAUGUUGAUGAUGAUGGUCAUUGUGGUAGUGAUGGUGGCGGUGAUGUUCGUGGUGAUGGUAAUGGUGAUGCUGGUUGUUGUGAUGGUGGUGCUGCUGAUGAUGGUGUUUAUGAUUGUGGUCGUUUUGAUGCUAGUGGUGGUGUUGGUUGAUUUGGUGGUGGUGAUUGUGGUUGUUGUUAUGAUGGUGGUAUUGAUGGUUGUGGUUUUGGUGGUGGUGAUGGUAUUGGUGACCGGUGGUGGUGAUAAUGGUUGUGAUGGUGGCUGUGGAGGUAGUGAUGAUGGUGGAGGUAAUGGGGGUGGUGAUGGUGAUAUAAGUGGUGAUAGUGGUGGGUUAGUGACUGUGUCGGUGCUUAUGAUGGUGGAGGUGAUAAUGUUGGUGAUAUUGAUGGUGAUUACGAUGGUGGUGGUGAUGAUGUUGGUGAUGGUGAUAUUGGUUGUGAUGGCGGUUAAUUGGUGA